CUGAUAUAUUAUCUUUUAAUUUAAAAUGCGAAUGGUAUAUAUAUUUAGAAAUAAAAAUAUAUUUAUUUAUUUUAUAAAUAGUAAAAUAUUGCAUUGUAAUGAUUAACUAUUUAAAGAAAUUACAAAAUAGAACUAAUGGAAUGUUAUAAUAAACAAUGGUUUUAUUAAUAUCCCUAUAGGAGAUUCUAAAAAAGUUUAAUAUAUAAUAUAAUUAGAGUAAUUUAAGCUAAAUAUUUUUACAUUUGUGGAAAGAUUAACUAAAUACUGGAGAUAUUUCACUGGAUUAAUUUCUAAUUAUAGUAUGAAAGAAUUUAUAAUGCAAAUCAUUGAAUUAAAAACUCCUGAAAGUAUUUUCUUUUUGUUUAAUAAAAAAAGAUAAUUAAUUUAUUAACCUUUACCACUUCCAUCUAACUUGGAGUAUUUUUUUAAAAUUAUUUAAUAAUUAAUUUUUUUAUUAAAAAAUAAUAGUUUCAUUUAUAUUCCAGAAAAUCAUUAAAUGGGUUAACUAUUAGGUAUUGAUGAUGUUAUUUUUGAAGAAGAAAAUAAAAAAUUAAUAAAAAAAGUGAUAAAUGAAUUAGAAAAAGGAGAAUUAAAUUUUGGAAAUGUAGAUGCUAAAUAAUAUUAAAUAGGGCAAUUGAAUAUAAAAUACAGGAAUCUUUUAAUGUAAAUUAAUUAGUUUUUAUAAAAAAAUAAAUAUAAAUAUAAAUAAAUAAAGAUUACAGAUGAUUUUUUUAAAGAUUCUUAUGUAAUAGAAUAUUAUCAUACAGAUUUACCUAUAAAAUUUAAAUCAAACAUGUAAAAACUUCUCACUAAAUUUUAAUAAAGUUUUGAUAGAAUAGAAACUACACCAUUUAAUAAUUAAAUUUCUAAAUAUUCAUUAUAAUAAGUAAGUCCUUCUGAUUAAAAUUUAUUGCAAUCUUGGGAUUUUCCUUACGAUAAAAUUGAAAACAUAGAAGAUAAAAUAAGAUAUAUAUGGUGUAUGUUUGAUCUAAAAGGAUAUGUUAAAUAAAUGAACAUAGAAAAAGAUGUAUUUUAUAAAUUUAUGCAUUAAUGUAUAAAAGAGUACGAUAAAAACAACAAUCCAUUUCAUAAUUUUCAACAUGCAUUAGCAGUUUCACAUGCUAUAUUCUAUUUCUUAAAUUAAAAAUUACUUGAUUAAUAUUUGGACACUAUAGAAUAAUUCACACUAUUAUUUUCUGCAAUGGGACAUGAUGUAUCCCAUACAGGACAUACAAACACAUUCGAAAUUGCUACAUAAUCAAAAAUAGCAAUAAAAUAUAAUGAUGAGUCUGUUUUAGAAAACCAUCAUGCGUCUUCAUUAUUCAAGCUUUUAUAUUAAAAUAAUUUUUUGGUAAAUUUAACUGCGGAAGAAACUCAAAAUAUGAGAAAAUUCUGCAUUUCUAAUAUUUUAUCGACUGAUAUGAAAAAACACAAAGACUUAACUCAAGCCUUUGAAAUUAAAUUAGCUUGUGCAAGCCAAGAAAGAAUAGAUUUAAUAAAAAAUGAAGCUGAUAAAAAGCUUAUGUGUGGAUUUGUGGUACAUGUAGCUGAUCUUACAGGACCUACAAAAAUUAAUGAUUUAUCAAAAGAAUGGUCUUUUAGAAUUUGUAGAGAAUUUACUUAAUAAGUAGAAGAGGAGAAAAAAUUGGGAAUUCCAGUUACUCCUUAUUUAUUAGGAUUGGAUUAGUUAGAGAUUAUUGCUAAAUAGGAAAGUAAUUUUUCGAAAGUUAUUGUUUUGCCUUUAUAUAAUGUUUUUAUUAAAUUUGUUGGGGAAGAAUAUAAGUUUAUGAUUACUAAUUGUGAAAAUAACAUAAAGGAAUGGGAAAAAAUACAGAUCUAAGAAAAAAUUAAAAAUGCUGAGUAAUGA